AUAAAAAGCGAAGUUUUCAGAGACAUGUGGUUUGUCAUGUGACACAACGACUCGUUCAUGCCUGAAAGCUUACAUUUUUAACAAUAUUUGACAAACAAAGAAAAAGAAAACAACAACAAUAACAACACUGAGAUGCGGUUUUAGCGUUGAACGACUAAUUCAGAAGCCCAUGGCUUCUUCAUCAAGAUGCAAAAUUCCAAGGAAAAGAUAGAUCGUCUGUUAUCAUCGCUGCUCCUAGAAAAAAAGGAGAGUUGUAUCGAGCCCUCUAUUAAGCUUCAAGAUAGCACAACGGAGCCGGCCACCCUUAAAGUUGAUGCCGCCAAACUUGAAACGGUAAAGAAUUUUCAGUCGUACUUGAAGAAAGCGGCGGGAGGUCAAGACGACCAACAGAAAACGGAUAAAGUCGAGGAGCUAAAUAGCCAUAAGAAAAAGCAAAAGAGGAAACCCAAGGGCCCAAAAAAAGAAAAAUGCAGAACUCCAAUUUCACGUAAAAAACUGUAAUAUCCACAAACAUUCCACAAUCCAAAGUACACCUCAAUAACGUA